UUCAAAUUUUGUGCAACAGUAAAAAGCUUCACUUGUGCCCUUAAUGGAUAAUUCAUAUAUUCAGACAACGACCCCACUAGCUGCCUUAUGAUCUUUUCAGAAAGCCAUACAGUGACUUUAAUGGGGGCUUGUCCUCUAGCGGUUCUCAACAUCUGGUUGUACUUAAAGGACGCCAUGUUGGUAUUAGAUGAGCUGUAACUUUGGGUGAGAAAUAACCUGCAACAAGAGGGUCACUUGUCUGGGAACACGAGCGGAGACAACAGUAAUGUGAACUUUUAAGAUGACCAGGUCUGCUGGGGUCAGAGCUGUAUUACUGUCGCAUCAACACUUAAAGCUUGUGGCGUAGGCUGAUUCACUGCCACUACAAAUGUGAAACUGUCCACCGGGUUAAAUGACACUGUUUAGCUGGAGUCUGCAUGACUCACUGUCUUUUGAGGUCUAUGGAAAGUGGAAAGACGAGGACUUCUACAGUUUUUAGUUUACCUUUCCUUUGCCCGUUGAUGUAAAGUUAAGUACCAUUUAUCCCGCACAGUGAUCUAUUCUCGGGCACCGGUCCAGAGCAUUAGGAUGUGGACUCUAUUGAUAUAUGGCCCAGGCAUUAGGUGUAAAAGGGGUCUGCUGGAGUUCUCUCCCUCUGGGGCUGUGAUGAAAUCAGCAAAAACUGACACAGUGCAGACUACUGACAUUGCACUCUUUAAAUCCCCACCCCAAAUAGACGGUGAAUCUUCUUUGAGUAAUAAAACCACAGCUCAGCUUGUUUACUUUGUUUUUUAGUGGUCUGCCACUCCUCAUUCUGUCCUGAUUAAAGUCGUAAUCUGAUCAUUUCAGCCAGUUCACUAAAAUAUUUUCACUGCGAUGAAAUGGGCAUUAGAGGUACACAUUUAUUGCUGCAAAGUAUCCUUUUUCCUAUCAGAAGUCUGCAGAGACUCACCGCUCACUUGUGUUCGGUUGUCCACAGGGAGCAAGCAUCUCUGACGCUUAUCAACGGGUGUAAAUCACAGAACACAUUCUCAGAAGCGUAACCUCAUCACAGCCACCUGCAAGGUAGAGCAGAUAGAAACGAAUGUGACACAAUGUUUGUGAAGCCCCAUAUCUAGGUUUCCAUUGCUCAGCAUAUGCUCUUUUUCUCUGCAAGUUAUUGCUUCGCAGCUACUUUUCUCAUCCUGUAAAAGGCAUCUUGCUCUCUCUCUUCUUGUCUCUAAUUUGUUUCACUGGCUUUAAGUAACUGUUUUGUGGAUGUUCCGUCAUGUGAGAUGUCCCAGAUGUAAAGACUGUGCUGUGGUUGGUUUAUCUGGUGCAAGCCCCAUGACCCCUUCUUAUCAUAGUCGGAUAGAAGUAGUUCUGCACAGUUCAGUGAUAAAAAGCAAAUGAGUUGAUAUUACAUUUGGAAGCUGAGCUGCUUCACUGGACUUUUUUUUUUUGCACAUGCAGCUCACGUUCUCAGCAGGGAAGUAACUAUACUACAUUUACUCCAGUACUGUACUUAUUUAUAUUUAACCGCUAUAGAUAAGUUACUUUUAAGAUUACAAAUUAAUUGAUCUAAUUGGGGCCCCUCGUCACGUUUUAGAUGUCUAUAGCAGUUCCACCAAAUAUUUCCUCUCUGCUUUUUUAGAUGGUUUCAUUUAAAUAACUGUAACCAAGGAUUUAAACAUUGAAAAUUUCACACACAAAAAAUAACAAAGAUUAGAGAACUGCAGAACUUAUUUUUGUUCUUUCUUCCAAAAAUAAUCAUGUCAUGACCCCUCAAAUUUAUUUUGUGACUCAGUCUGUCCCCUUGGUUGGGCUAAAACUAGAUUAAAUUACCUAACUUUAUAUAAAGUAGUUAAAGCUACUCAACCAGCUAUAACCGUACAGUAAAGGGCUUUUUCCUUCCUUCUAACAAGUACUAAGUGAUGGUUUUAAAUACUUGUCCACUGGUCCAAUUUACUGUGUUUUAGCACAAACGUUGCUGUGUGAGCUGAUGUAGAACCACAUGGAUUCCCCGGCAUUAAGACACUAUUAGUAAUUAAAACAUUAAUAUAUUGAUAUUGAUAUACAUAUGUGGUGUAAAGUGACUUCUGACAUCAUCACAGACUAGAUAGUCUGGAACAUCUCCUUUUCCUCGCCCCUUUUCUUCAUAUCAACAUUCCUCUGGGUAAAUCUAAGACUGUGAUGGUGUCCAGAGACAUAGCCAAGUACAAGAGGGGGGCUCUCACUGCUCUUCAAUUACCACCAUCCAGUAGUCAGCCAGAUAAUGUUCAUUUGCAUCCUCUCUCUGCUUUUAAUAAACACUGACCAAGAAGCCCAUAGACGGAUAUUUGUAUUUACAUGGACUUUGAAACAUGAACACUAUUAUGGAGGAUGGUUUGUCCAGGCAGAAUGGGAAACUUUAUCUUCAUGUGUUGCUUCAUGUUUUGCUAUUUGCGGUGUCUCUAAAGUUGCUAUAGUCACCAUUCUUUGUGGUGGAAAAUGACAGACUAAGUGUAUUUUAACACAGAUGCCUAUUACACCACAUUUUCCCUUACAAGGCCUAAGAAUAUUUGUGUAGUCACCAGCUCUCGAGCUACUGAGAGGAGACUUUAGUGCUUUUAAAAAAGAGUCCUGAUGCAAAGAUCCCAAAAGAUAGCAUCGUGUUACAACAGUAAUUUGCACCGACCCAUUUAAAGUGAAGAUUCAACUUUGAUAUUGAGACUGAAUAACCCUCUAAGUGUCAUUAAAGUCAGAUUGCCCUUUACAUCCUAAUAGAUCUUAGUAUGGAAGAUCAAGUGGUUACAUGACAAAACAUAAGUCAUGAAACCAUCAUGUCAAUGUCUAAAAUGGGGGGGUGUCACCUACAUUGAAUAAGGGUAAGGACCUAAUAUUAUAGGUACUUUAUCUAUUGCAUGGUUUACCAGCUACUUCCACUUUCGUGGUGUCAGCUGCCAUCUAGCGUCCAUCUUUAUUUACAUAACUUAUCUCUAUUAUCCAGGUAAACGUGAUCGAUUGGUUGGGUCUGCGCAGGUAGUUUAGGAGGUGCUCAGGCCACAUCUGUUCGGAGUAAACAACACCAUUUUUUAAUCUACCGGGACUGUCUGGAGUUUUCGGGCACACCUUUUUUUUUUUUUUUAAAUUUGAUCUUCAAACUACAUGAACCGUGUUAAAGUUUGUCGAAGGAAGUUGCUGCUCAGCUGUUGUUUGUCACUGUCGCUGAACGUUUCCUGACUAAUCUUAUCUGCGUCGAGGCUGUGACACGCGCACCUACCGCUCCUUUAGCUCGGUUUCAUUUUGUUGGUGUUGGAACUCUUUCCAUCAUGAUGUGACACUUCUCAUCAUAGGUAAAGUAGAAUAGGUGCACGCACGACCAUGUUGUUUCAUCUGUUCAUACUCCUUCAACUCCUGUCUUGUGGAGAUCUGGCCUGUGUGAGGAGGUUGCUGUCGAAACACGAAGACCAAGAAGUGUUCGUGGAUGAAGGGGACGCAAAUUCGUUCCUGGGUCGCCAUCUGUUGUUCAACCGGUUUGACUUUGAGAUUUUCGUUCCUGGAAAUCUGGAGAGGGAGUGUUAUGAAGAAGACUGCAAUUACGAAGAAGCAAGGGAGGUCUUUGAAAACACCCCAGCUACAAUAGCUUUUUGGGGAAAAUACUCUGCAGAAAAGGACAAACGCCACACACGGGUUGAUGUGACAUCUCUUCUGGUGGGACUGGUUGCUGUUGGUGUGGCCAUUGUUAUCAGUGGCCUUCUGCUCUGGUAUUUCUGUCACGGCAAAUGCAAGAGCUUCAGCCGUGCAAACUCCGUCCAGGUGCGACCGAGGAGGAGUAAUGCUUCACUAAUAAUGCGACGGCUAGAGGAGGCGUCCUUACAACCUGUGCUCCCACCUGCACAUCCACCCCCUAUUGAGGAAAUAGACCCAGUGGGGUUGCCUUCUUAUGAGCAGGCAAUUGCAAAAAGUGGACCGUAUGAUGCCCCACCUCCUCCCUAUCCUGGCUCACGACCUGGGAGUAUUCGGCGGUAGUAUCUCCAGGACAACACAUCUGCAUGUCUGUCAACAAUUGACAACUAACAUUUACACUGUUCUACACUGCUUAGCAUUAUAUACCUUUUUUUUCCUCAUCACAAUAUUUAAAAAAACUUCUUAUGCCUUUAUGUUUAUUGCUCUGAUUAUCUUGUUCCACUCAUACAUUUCUAAUCUUUCUGGCUUGUUGGGGUACCUUUUACUAAGCAGUGUAAUCCAACUUCUUAACACGCUUGUGCCAAAACAUAGUAGUCGGUUGUCUGGACUAACUAUUUUCCCAGGUCUAAUUAUGCUUUAUAAUAUUACCAUACAGCUGUGCUGAAUAACCUUUAUAAUACAAUUCAACCAGUUUGCUGCUUUUUGUCUAAAUGUAAAUGAAGAAUCAAUAAUGAAUUGGACAUGAAGGAUUUAAAUUGCUGGAGUAUUAAGGCGCUUAGGAGCAGUUGCUUCAGACACAGCAUGCAUAGACUGAGAGAAAGUAUUAAUUGCAAAUGAAGAGAAACUGAUCUGUAUAAUCAUACAGCUUCCGGUCUCCAGAAGGAAAAAUGGUAACACCCAAACUGAUUUCAAUGGCAUGAUUGUAUUCUAUAUAAUAUUGCCAUACAGAAAAUACAAGUGUUUUUGUUUCACUGGGCUACCAGCUUGCUUUGUAAAAAUUCACUUUGUAAUUUAAGCUUAACAUCAUCUUUUAUUCUUUUUUCUUUUUUUUUACGUGUGGCUUUUGUUGCUGUUUUAUAUAAAUUCCUUUUGUGUCAGGAAAUGUAUGUCUGAUUCACCAACUAAUGAGAACACUGUUCUAUGUGAAAUAAUGUUUCAUUUCUAUAAAUAAAUUGUGGUUGAUUAUUAACUGUACUAUAAAUAAACUGUUUUACAUUUAUACGGAACAAUAAAUGUGAGGAAAAGGACAGCUAAAACAUAUUUCAACAGAUGGGAUGUACAGUUUGUCAGGCUGGUGUUUCAUUCCCAUCAGAUGAUGCAGAAACAGGGUUAAGAAGUUAUGUUCCUCCAAACUAACAUUAGCAAAGUCUUAUCAUGACAUGAGAAUUAAUGUAGGGGUAGCCUUGGUGAAGCUGAUCUGUACCAUAACUACUUGAAAUGAAAAUCUUUUAUAGAUAUCUUUUUAAAUAAAAUUGA